AUGGGCUUGAUCUUUCAGGUUUUGUACUUGCGUGCGUCGGACCCCAUCCAAACGUACCUUUGGGGCGCCUUGGCGGGAGACUUCGCUGGGGUCGUCUCUGCUGAUGACGUGGCUGGUGCUUUGGCGGGAGACUUCGCAGGCGCCUUUGUGAGCGACUUUGCUGGUGACGCGGACGACUGGGACGGCGACUUGGCGGGCACCGUGGUGGUCGGCUUCGUCGGCGACUUGGAUGGGGGCUUUGGGGAGGUCUCGAGAUUGGGUUUAGAGGUGGAGGUGCCGAUUGGCGUGCCGGCGAGUCGGACUCCACCGCGGUCGCCGCUGCCGCUCCCGUGGGUGUCUGCGCUUCGCCCUUACGUGACCCUGGUCAAGCAGGUGAAGCGCAGCGCAAGCGUCAUCACCAGGGCCCCAGGGUGUUCUACGCUCAACAUCCGGCUCACCCCUGCAAAAAUGGCCACUACGCACCUGCGCGCGUCGCCCACGUUACCCUUCACCUCCAAGACACCUGCCGUUCAGGUCACGAGUCCGCAUGGCGCUGACCCGAGCCUGGGUGUCAAGAUGGCCUGCGUUGGUGCGUACAUGCACGAGGCGUACCUCAAGGUACUGCUGGUCUUGGUCGUCAAGAUGCCCAACGAAAGCAGGGUGCCCAUAUCGCUCGGCCACCAGAAGAUCAAGCGCGAGUUCAUCCAGCUGAGCUACGCCAUUUACGUAAUGCAAGGCACGUCUGAGCCUCUGGCCGCGCUGGGCAUCGAGACCGCCACGCUGUCCAAUCUGUCGGUUCUAAAGAGCGACUUACCAAGCGUGCUUGACUACGUCUCCAAGAAGCACACCAGUGGCUACGAGAUCGACGUCUCACUCGUCAACAAUACUAAGUGCACGCUUAUGUUCGUGCUGGUUACGGAGUAG